AUGUCAACACACAGGGACAGCGUCAAGUAUAAAGAGUACGGAGGAAUGUCAACACACAGGGACAGCGUCAAGUAUAAAGAGUACGGAGGAAUGUCAACACACAGGGACAGCGUCAAGGAUAAAGAGUACGGAGGAAUGUCAACAAACAGGGACAGCGUCAAGUAUAAAGUGUACGGAGGAAUGUCAACACACAGGGACGGCGUCAAGUAUAAAGUGUACGGAGGAAUAUCAACACACAGGGACAGCAUCAAGUAUAAAGUGUACGGAGGAAUGUCAACACACAGGGACAGCGUCAAGUAUAAAGUGUACGGAGGAAUGUCAACACACACGGACAGUGUCAAGGAUAAAGUGUACGGAGGAAUGUCAACACACAGGGACGGCGUCAAGUAUAAAGUGUACGGAGGAAUGUCAACACACAGGGACAGCGUCAAGUAUAAAGUGUACGGAGGAAUGUCAACACACACGGACAGUGUCAAGGAUAAAGUGUACGGAGGAAUGUCAACACGCAGGGACGGCGUCCAGUAUAAAGUGUACGGAGGAAUGUCAACACACAGGGACAGCGUCAAGGAUAAAGAGUACGGAGGAAUGUCAACGCACAGGGACAGCGUCAAGUAUAAAGAGUACGAAGGAAUGUCAACGCACAGGGACGGCGUCCAGUAUAAAGAGUACGGAGGAAUGUCAACACACAGGGACAGCGUCAAGGAUAAAGAGUACGGAGGAAUGUCAACGCACAGGGACAGCGUCAAGUAUAAAGAGUACGAAGGAAUGUCAACACACAGGGACAGCGUCAAGGAUAAAGAGUACGGAGGAAUGUCAACACACAGGGACAGCGUCAAGUAUAAAGUGUACGGAGGAAUGUCAACAAACAGAGACAGGGUCAAGUAUAAAGAAUACGGAGGAAUGUCAACACACAGGGACAGUGUCAAGUAUAAAGUGUACGGAUGA